AUCACUGGAUUCUCCUCUUCCUUCUAGAUGAUGUCUAGAGAAUGAGAGACCAACAAUUGCGCAUCACUGGGAGUUGUCCACUAAAGUUCCUUUGCACCUGGAUCACCAUUGCGGCAGUUUUGUUUCUCCUCUCAGAAUCCACCUCUCUCAAAGAGAAGCAACUGGUUUUCACAGGACGAACGGGCAAAUAUGUCUCCUUGGACGGUCACCAGGUUCGCAGACUGUGCAUGUUUACGGUGUGUUUUGAUUUCAACAAAACCGAGGAGAGUGUGGCAACCUGGGCAGCGUUUUCCUACGAUGUAAACAGCUCCUCCAGCGACUUCAGGAAUGUGGAGCUGGCCCUUUCCAUCAAUAAGUCCACCUUGCAGGUGUUCAUCUUGGGCAAUGUGACUGAGAUGAGACAGGAUUUCGCUGCGUAUAAGAUGCACCGGAUCUGCUGCGUGUGGGACGGCAAGAAGAAAUUGUUUGAGAUUUUCCACAAUGGAAGCAAGAUGAAGAACAUCACCGUUGAGGUGACCCAUCAGUGCCUCAAGCCGAAUGGGACGCUGGUGUUGGGUCAACUGCACAAAAACCAGAAUGGGCAUAUCAUCCCGAACCCAUCCUUUGUCUUCAUUGGCAUUUUGCACUAUUUCCAAAUGUGGGAUUAUGUGAGAGACCAACAGAACAUGGCUAACUGCGACCGAGGGAACGCCGUGAGCUGGCAGGGCGAUUACUGGUCCUUGCAUGGUCUACAAACGGAGUCUGCCCAUCACCAACGUUGUGGUGAAGAAAAAGCAACUUCUGCAGCUCCACCACUCCCAAGCAAAGCACCUGAAUCCACAACUACAGUGACCUUCUAUAACAUCAAGACAACAUUUUCAGUGCUCUCCAGCUCUCCAAAUACAUAUGACUACUACGAUGUGGUGGAGCUUUCUACCAACUGGAUGACAAAGUUUGCUGCCACACUGCAGAAUUAA